AACUGCAUUGAGUUAGUCCCCGGAGCUAGCGACAUGACGACGAUCGUGCGGGAAAUGAAAUUGGAAGAUAUCGAUGAGGCCAGCCUCUUCAUACGUGAUCAUUUUUACGGCCAUGAGCCCCUAAUGCAGACGCCCGGCGAACAUCCGUUGAUCUACGACGAUCCCCAGAAGCGGAAGUAUCGCCUCUCGCUCAUACAGCAGGGCACCUCGUUGGUUGCAGUUGACCAGAGCAAGGGCGGUCGCAUUGUGGGCGUGGCAUUUGCCGGUAUAAUGCAUCCCAGCGACCUGGAGCUGAACUGGAGCGAGGUCAACGAGCGCAAGCCCAAGCUGCUAAUCGAACACAUACAUUAUUUUCUGUGCAACAUCAAGAAACACGCUCAGUUCUUUGAGCACUACGACGUUACGGAUGCUCUAUAUCUGAAAACUCUGGCCGUGGACUCGACGAUGCGUCGUCAGGGACUCGCACGCCGUCUGGUUGUUACCCUAAUGGAGCUGGGCCGCACCAGGGGAAUUCCACUGAUGGUGGCCACCUGCACUGGUGCCUACUCGACGCGUCUGAUGGCCUCGCUGGGCAUGGAGUGCGUGCACUCGGAACUCUAUGCGGACUUCAAGGAUGAGGAUGGCAACGUGGUGAUUCAGCCGCCCGCGCCACACACAGAGGCGAGCGUCAUGGCCAUUAAGUUGCAGGAAAUGCCCUCAUAUAAUCCGGGUCUUUAUAAGACAUUUUUCUAGUAAUAGCAAAUAUAAUUAAAUUUUAAUUUUA